AGCCAAACACACCCGCCAACUUCGGGCUGUAUCAAGAAAACCAGAGAAACUCUCAACCAAGAACACGCACAACACGCACUGACUGCAAAAGUCUUGUGUUUUGUUUGCGUGUAUAUUUAUUUAAUUUUGGUGACUGUUUUUCUGACCCUAUUUUCUUGCAUUUCCUGAUUUUUCCAAAGAUAGGAAAGAACAUUCGUAGCCGAGGAAUCCAUCAUACACACAAUACAACCAACAUGUCACGGUCCAAAUCGAGAUCAGGGUCGGUUGAUUUUGGACACAAGAACCAUUAUUCAUCGGUAUUUUCAAGAACCCUGUCUGCAUCAAAGCUUUGCAGAGGAGAUGCUAUAGGGAGACAGAUUGAUGCAAAUGCUCUGAAGUCUGUUGACAAGAAGCCCUCCAAGGUUUCAUAUUUGUCUGAGAAUCGGGUGGAUAGAACUAUGUCGAUGGAGCAAGAAAUGGGAGAGAUGGAGGAGGAGCUGAGAAGGACUAAAGAGCAAUUAAAUGAUUGUGAGAUUGAAAAACAUCGAAUUCUUGAUCAACUUAAAGAGGCAAAGAGAGCAGCCGAUGAGGCUAAUGUUAAGGCAAAUGAAGCAUUAACGUUGGAGCUCGAAAACUUGAAAAAAUUGUUAACUAGUUCACGGGAUGAUCUGAAAACGAAAGAUAAAAAGAUCGAUUUGUUGGAAACGGAGCUUGGGAAAGUGAGGGAGCUUGAGGUCGUCUUGGCUGAGAAGGAUUUGUCGUUGGAUAAAUUGAACAAGGAGUUGGGGGGAUUGAGGGAGAGGGAGAAGGAUGUAACGACGUUGCUGUUGGAAAACAAGAAACGGAUCGAGGAGUUAGAAGAUGAAGUAGAGAGGGCGAGGUUAUCAGAAUCUAAAAUGGCUGAUUCGUUAGCAAAACAGACGAAACAGCUCGAGGCAACAAAGGUUAAACUGAAAGAAACAAGUGCUGAAAUCGCUUCGUUGCAUGAAAAGAUUGAGGUUUUGGAAGAUUUGUCCAAGAAAAGUAGUGUUGAGGUGAAAGGGCCUGUAAAUGCAGGUAAGGAGAUUAGAGGUAUUGAGAUGGAGCUGAAGUUGGCAAAGGAGAAUCUUGUUCAGGCACAAGAAGGAGAAAAAAAGGCGUUGUCGAAGGCCGAGAGUCUGAUUGAAGAGAUUGAGUUGGUUAAAAAUGAAUGGAAGUCGGCGAUUGAGGCAGAAGCGAAGAGUGCAAAAGCGAUGGAGGAUUUAGCAUUGGCGUUGAAGGAAGUUGCGACAGAAGCCAACCAAGCGAAGGGGAAGCUUAGUGUGACGGAAAACGAACUUGAGCAAGUAAGAGGGGAAGCUAGGAAGUUGAAGGAGAUGGUUCGUAGCACGGAGGAAAAGUACAAGAAGCUCCUGAAUGAAGCUAGAGUGGAGGCGGAGUUGCAGAAAAACACGGCAGAGAGGCUGAGGGUGGAGGCAGAGGAGUCGUUGUUGGCCUGGAACGGGAAAGAAUUGGGAUUCGUUAGCUGUAUAAAGAGAGCAGAGGAGGAGAGGGCUACUCUGCAGCAUGACAACAAUAAGCUUGUUGAAUCCUUAAAGGCAGCUGAAAAUAUGACGAGGUCGGCCAGGGAAGAGACAUAUAAACUGCGGGACAUACUCAAACAGGCCGUUAACGAAGCGAAUGCUGCAAAAGCGGCUGCUGGAAUUGCGAGAGACGAGAACUCGUUUCUCAAGGAUUGUCUCACAGAGAAGGAAGAGGCAUUGCUUUUCCUUACGAGAGAAAACGAGCGUCUUAGAAUAAGUGAGGCUGCAGCGAAGGAGAAUGUUAAGCAGUUGAAAGCGUUGCUUUCGAAUGCAUCGACAGAGUUCAAGUUUGAGGAUAUGGAGCAGGAUGAAGCAACGGAUUCUCCCGACUCCGAGGAGGAGGAAGAAGUGAGAAGGCAUAGGCAUACCAAAACUUUCAGCUUGUGUGUUGAUGAUCUGAAGUUCAUGAACGAACCUGAAGACGAUGAGGAGAGACUCCUGCAUGAAGAUCCUGAGAAGGCGGAGGCCCUCAAAGGCUCGAUAUUUGAUGCAAAUGCAGAAACACCGAAAUCAGAGAUUCGUACGCCGAAAUCUAAGGUUAACCACAAAGGGUACUACCCUUCUGCAUUCAUGUGUACUGGAGGGAUACCACACCCAGAAGAAUUCGAGCGUUUAGAAACUCCACAAGAUGACAACUCCAAUAGACAAGAUGAGAACUCCCAUAGAAGAGCGAAACCGUUGUUUCGACGAGUGGGAGAUCUCUUGACUAUCAGAAGAAGUUUCCACAAGAAGGACUCAUCCAUCGAUCAGAACGUUCUUACACAGCUUUGAUUUCGAAUGGCAAUAAGCCAACGGGCGACAAACUAUUGGAAGUAGAUCACAUGGAAGUACAAAAACAAACACUAGGCUACGAUGUAACCUCGAAGGUGUAUUUUGUCAUUCAGACAAGCGCCUGAUACAACAGGCGACAAACCUAUGAAACGUGCCCAAUUCAGCAGAGUUGUAGGAGACAUACUAUAUGUUUAAACUGUAAUGAAGAAACAGUUGAAAUACAGGUAAAGAUCAAACGCUGAGGAUUAGACAUGAGUUGUGAGGCUCAUCAGUACAUGAAGUAGGUAUAUAAAUUCUUCAGACAGAAUUUGUAAAGAAAUGUUAGGAUUUAUGGCUUUUCGAUUGUCUUUUGCUUUUGUUUCAGUUUGUAGCCUAAGGUUACUUUUGUUGUAAUCUAUUCUUCAGUAUUAUGUAACAUACUAUAUACAAAUAUGGGAAAGCUAUCCUUUGCUGACCAACAACGUUGUAGUGAGUGCAAAUUGGCUUGUGUAAGUAUAUGUUCAUGACAUGAAUCAACAAAAACUAGUAUAUUGUACUUCAAACAUUUUUGCCCUCCAGGAUUUAUGGU